AUGACAAGGGAAAGACUGCCUUUACCCAGGGCGAAACUGCCAGUGCCCUUAUCCAAGGCUGAGCUCUCCGACGGUCGCACCGCCAUCGCCGCCAUCGGAAAAGAGAGCCGCUUCAGCAAAGCAAUUGCUGCUCCAAUCACAGCCAACUCCCGAUUCCAGGAUGUGAUGAAGAGCACCCCCACCUUCCUAAACCAGGCCGCUUCGAAAGUACUUUCGGCUUUGCAACAGGUUGUCAAGGCUGAUCCGGUUUUCGGUCGGAUCAUAGGCCCAUGCCUGGACGUCUUCAAGUGGGCGCUGGAACUGGAGGAACAGAAAGCUUCCGCUACCUCAGCCGGUGAAGGACUUUGGGCUAAAAUUGUUGAUGUCAUGGGUAUCAUGGAGACUGUUCAGUCCAUAACUUUGGAGGGGCCCACCUCGGAACAACUAUCAGCUAUCGGGAUAAUUGUGGAGCGCCACAUCCAGGAGAUUCAUCGUACGAUCCGGGACGCCUACGCAUUCAUCAUGUAUUACAGAGAGACUAUAUGCGGCAAAAGCAUUGUCGCAAAAAGUCUCCGACGGCUUCGCGCUUCGAAGCAUAAGGAGCAGUUUGAUACCUUCACGAAUAAGCUGCAAUCGCAUCAGGAGGGGUUGCUGUUGCAGCACAGCCUUCAUGGAAGCGGUCGCAUUGCCGAAAUUCAUGGAAAGUUGGUGGCUGUACAGGCAACUCUGGCCGAUCGUGCAGCAGCGGAAAUGGAAGACGAUAUUCAAUCAUUCAAGCUAGCAGCAGGCGUCGCCGCUGUCGGCACCUCGGUCUCACUAUCAUGGGAAGAUAUCCAACGCAUCAUGGGUACCUCUUUCAAGGAAAUAGUAUCAAAGGAGGAUGCCCACGAAAUUCAGGCAGCACUGCAAACGGAGCUGUCAGAUAUCAUCAGUCGUAACAGCGUGAAAUUGCAGGUGGCGAUUGAUGACUGCAAAAAUUUCAUGAAGCAACGAUUUGGAGACCUCGAAACUGCCAUCAAGAGUGGAGUUCACAGCUCGAUCAACGAUGCCGGUUUUCAAGAAAUGUGGGCAACUGCGGGCUGGCCUGCAGAAGGUGUUACUCGGCCCCUGUUCAAGGAGCAUUUUGCCCGAUACUUCGGAAUAUCGCCGGAUUUCUGGAUCAAAAUGAUUGAUGCGGAUGAAUCGGGCAAUAUUUUCACCACAGAAAUAAACAAGUUCAUUGAAAAUAUUCCCAAGUGGGUCAAAAAGGCUGUCGAGCUGGAUAGCGAUAUUGCCGAUGAUCCAAAAACACGGACUCUGGCGCUUCUCAAGGAGUAUGGGGACUAUAUUCACGUCAGGCACGAUGAGGCUAGAAAAAGGAUUUUGGCUGACAUCGCGAAGACUUUGGCAUUUUAUCUUCCCCGUCUGGCCCAUCAGUUGGGUGAUCAAAGUGACAUAUGGGCGGCCCUGCAAGAUUUAACACCUGCUGUCCACCGAUGGUUAUAUACCCAGUAUCACUUCCUCAAACCGAACGUGCCGGCCUUUCCGAUGGACCAGAAUGCUCUGCAUCUUUGCAUUCGAGCGCUCAAGAAUCCGUAUUAUAAACAAAACGCAAAGUACAAUGCCGAUCUGUUUACGACAGACGAGGAAUCUCACACUGGCUCUGUAUCGACAAACUCCUACGAACUUUGGAUCGAUGAUUUCCUGGAAAACGCGAUGACGUACUUCGAUGAGCAUGCUACCGCAGGCCCGGUCUUCUAUUUUAGGGAGGCUUCUUCGUCGUUGCGGGGCGAAAUCUAUCGUCAACGUGGAGCAUUUGCGGCCGAUCUUGUGGAGCUCGCGUUGUGCCGAGCUGCUCUAUGGAACGCAUUAGAAUUCUUCAAAACGCAAGCGAAGGACGAAUAUGCGAAUGAGGAAAGAACACGACUGCAAGGAAGCCGACCAAAGGCAUCCCUCAAGCGCUUGGAGAGCCAUUUCUUCCUUCUUGAAAUGAAGUCAAUGUUUUCAAAUGACGAACCACAGCUUGAUUCCCGCGAACCUCAAACGAAAAUUCGAGGGAUUUACAAUGACUACGUGACGCUUGCUAUAGAGAAACGGGAGACACCCAAGACCGAGGCACCUGCUGAUAUCAGCUCCGCGGUACGGCUCUUGAUAGGAUCACUCAAUCUGACAGAUUUACUGAAAGAAGCGCCAGCCUCCCACAAUUCGAACCUUUCAAAUACGCUGCCUCCCACUUGCUCUUUGUCAGACCAUGAGAUCAGAAGCAUAUAUAGCGUCGACACCCCAACAACACCCCACGUCCUUCCACCUCACCUGAUCGUCUCUUUGCCUCCAGACUGUUUGAGACCAGUGUACGCACCUGAGUAUGCCCGGCUCGAAGACUUCCGGUAUGAUUACGAUGGAGUUUACGGUGGAGUAAAGAGCGACGUUUCACGUUCAAGCUACGAAGAAGACCUAUACGGAGAGAUCGAACCGUAUGAACUUUAUCAAGACAUGGCCUGGGAGUUGUACAGUAAGAAAUUACUAGUAGGGUUGGCCAAAAGUCCUCACGUUGACGAAGAAGAGGCGCAGUUUGUAGCACAAGCUAGAAGUAGGAAGCCUUCGAAGCCGUUGUGGAGCCCGGAUGCAGAGUUUGUAGCGGCCCUGCGAAGUGCAAUGCAAAGAAAGGAAAGAGAGGUGUGCUGGUAUGACGACUGA